AUGUGCAUCCCGGCUGCUCUGGAUCCAGGUCCGUUGGCAGAGUCGGCCUCGCCAUCAGCCGAGGAUGGUGCUGUGGAUGAUGUCUGCAUCUUCGUCGGUGACCUUGUGAACAAAGGCCCCGACUCGUACGGCGUCGUGCGGUUCCUGCACGACAUUGGUGCGAUUGGUGUGCUGGGCAAUCACGACGCGGUGCUGCUGCAGCUCUCAGAAAAGCUGCGGGCGGAUGUUCCGCUGACGGACGAGGAGACGAGCAGCAGCCUUUACCCGCUGGCAUUGCACUGCCCCGACGAUGUCUUUGCCUUCAUGGUGUCUGUCCCUCACAUUUUGUGUUUCCAUGCCUAUCGGCUCAUCGUUGUCCAUGCGGGCAUCGAUCCGUCGAUCUCGCUUUCUGUCCAGAGCGUCGAGGCUGUAACGCGCAUGCGUAACCUGGUAAAGGCAAAAAAGUACUGGAGGCAGCCGACCGAUGGGGCCACGGGGCAGCCAGCGCACGUGGCCCUCUCUGUUUCUGCCGCCUUUGCGACACUGGAGCGGCCUAGACUCGGUUCAAACUGGAGCGUGAAGUGGUCGGAGCUGGUCCGCAAGCUGCAAGACUCUGUGGCCGGCGAGGAGGCGAGCAACAGCAGCAGUGACCGCAGUCGCAGCCGCAGCGGCGCAAGUGGCACCGGCGAUGGUGCAGACGACAGUGGAAAGACGAAGACGCCAAAGAAGGUAGAUGGGGAUGCGUCUAAGUGGCGAAGGCGCAUUCAUCGAGACUACGCGGGUUUCACGGUCGUGUACGGCCACGACGCCAAGCGGCGGCUGCAGGUGCAUCCGUACGCCUACGGGCUAGAUUCUGGUUGCGUCUACGGUGACAAGCUGACGGCGCUGGUGUGGCCGAGUACGCUGGUGUCCGUGCCAGGGUGGAUGAACCCCUCGCCGCUGCGCCAGUCGACGAUGUGA